GUAAAGAUUCCUUUGACCCAUUGUUUUAUAUACGGGCAGGCCAACGACCAUAUCUUAAUCGUGCACUAGCCAACUUUCCACCCCCCCUCCCUUUUUUUUUUUCUUCAUCAUCUUUUGUUUAGAUUCUUUCUGCUUUGAUUUCAUGGCAACAACAUCAACACCAGAUUCAUCUUCAGAUUUAAGUAUUACUGUUGAAAACGAUCCUUCAGAUUCGCGAUUAUCUGAAUUGGGUAUUAAAUCAUGGCCUAAAUGGGGGUGUCCUCCAGGGAAGUAUUUGCUGAAAUUUGAUGCUGAAGAGACUUGCUAUUUGCUUAAAGGAAAGGUGAAGGUGUAUCCAAAAGGGUCAUCUGAAUUUGUAGAAUUUGGUGCAGGUGAUCUUGUGACAAUCCCGCAGGGACUUAGUUGCACUUGGGAUGUAUCUGUUGCAAUUGAUAAACACUAUAAAUUUGCUUCUUCUCCAUCUUCAUAAUUCUACCAUAUUUUGUAGCCAUCUUAUCUUCCGUUUUUUCUCUCUUUUCUCCUUUUAAUGAUAGAUUAUUUUCAUCCAAUCAAGUUCGACAACAAAGAUAAUAUAUAUUCUUUUUAGAGUUCGUUUAUUAUUAAUUUUUUAAUUUG